GAAGGCCAUAUAAGCGACGGAUCACCGCCGGCCUGCGCAUACGCAAGUCCGAAGUAAAAGCUGCGCGAGUGACUGCUAAUAUAAACGAAUCAUAUAUUAAGCACUAUAUUAAGAUAUUAAUAAACUGUGUAGUGAUUGUGGGUGAUCAUGAAGUUUGCGGUGCCCCUACUUCUGUUGGUGGCAGUCAGCCAUGCUGCCAAGGAGGGAGCGAAGAACAGAAAAGAAGAAAAAACAGACAAGAGAGAACUGACGGAAGGGAAUGCCGGGUUUCAAAAGAGGGCACCCAUCAUACCAACAGCAUCUCCAGCUUUCGGCGGCGGAAUAGAAUACGCAGAUUCAAACAAUGCAUUACCGGACAAAUCACCAACACAACAAAUCUACGCGACGCCGGUGCCUCAGUUCUCGAAGGUGUCUGACCUGCUGAGCGGACAGACCCCUUCGUACCAAGCCGCUAUCGCCAACCAUCUGUAUUCCCCCGUCUCCAUCUACCAGUCUAGGUUUGGGCAACCAACGACCUACGAAGUAUCAGCACCAGUACCCUCAAACCUGGCCUACGCCGAGCACCGACUCUCCCUCCCUUCACCAAAUGCCAUACAAUACAACACCAAACCCCAGAAACUAGCUAAACUAAACUACGCACAGCCUCAGCUUGUUCAGCAAACAUACGAACAGAACUUGGCUCCUCUACAAGUCACCGCAAGUCCUCUCCAGCAAGUCCAAUAUAACCAAGUUCCUCAAUUACAUGGCAAUCAGCAAUACGUCCAGCAACCGAACCAGCUCCAAGUCGCAUACCGCCAGGAACAUCUUGUUGGAAGGAAUCAUCAACAGCCUGAGCAAAGAGAUUUGAAGAAUCAUCCGGCACCUUCGCAGGUUUUGGAAAAACAAGUGAUUCACCAGGUAUUCAAUGAUAAACAGCAGAAUGCCCUCAGCUACGCCAGAUUUAGCGUCAACCAACCAACGCCCACUUAUGACCAGGCUCAAUUGCAGCAAUCUCAUCAGCAACCACUGCCGCAAGCUCAACUUCAAGCUCAACAAUAUCAACAACCUCAACAGUUGAUUCACCAACAAUACCAACAACCUCACCAGAUAAUUCACCCACAGCAAUAUCAACAACCUCAACAGCUAAUUCAACCUCAACAAGAUCAAUAUCAAGCACAACCUUUGCAAAUUAGCUAUCAACUACAACACCCCACUCAACAGUUGCCUCAAAUACAAUACCAAGGUCAACAGCAAGUUGCUCAUGAACAAGUACAGCCGCAAUUACAGUAUCAACCUCAACAACCGCAAGUACAGUACCAAGAACAACCACAGUACUUGUAUCAACAGUUACAGGAACAGGCGUUGCAACAGCAAAGUUUGUCUCUGCCUCAACAGAUCCAAGAUCAAUCUCAAUCUCAGUAUCAACUCCAACCAACGCAUCAAGCGUACCAGCAACCACAGUUAUUUAAUGUUGAAAAAUCCGAAUCGACACUGUCGAAGCAAUCUAUCCCUGAAAGACAAAGUUACUUCAAACAAGCGCCGAUCAUUCAACCCAACUUGAGCUCAAGCCAACCUCAAGUUCAAAGUUCGGGUCAUCACGGUUCGCCCGCCGCUUUACCAACUUUCCCACCUGUACAAUAUUUCGGGAAAUUCGCCCAAUCUCUCUUCGGUGACUACCAACAUUAAAAUAACUGCAAUUUGAUUAGAAAUAGGAUAUUAAAAAAUCUUCAAUGACUGAAUACCUUCUCCAAAAUCUUAUUACCUAAUUAACAAUUUGUAGAAAAUUAUACCUAUUUAUUAAAAUGCUAACAUUUCUAUUUUUUGUAAAUACUAUAAGACGUGCCAAAAAAGUUAUUUAUUUAAAAGAUCGCCUAUUUAAUAUUUUAGUACUUGUACCUAUGUGGUAUUUGCUAAUAUAAAUAUUAAAAUAAUACUUUUGCAUGCACUUAAAAUAUACGAAUCUGUAACUGUAAGAAACAUAGAAACUAUAAGAACUCUACAACAAUAUGCCUAGAGCUUAUAAUCAUAUUAAAUGCUACAGAAAUAUUAUAAAAGAAGCCUACUUACAAAAUCUUUGAUCUGUGAUGUUGUACUUACUUUAAAUACU